GAUUUAUACGGAAAGCAGAGAAUUCUGAAUAUCAUUUUUACUAUGUUUUUUGAAACUCGUAAAUUUUUACCAUUAUUCGUUGGAAUUAUGAUAGGAAUUAUUGUUAUCUCACUAAAACCUAGAUAUGAAAAUAAAGUUAUUCUAUGUAAAAAUGAUAAAUCCAAAACAAAACAUGCUGAUUUACAUCCAAAGAUAAGAAAACAAUAUAAAAUCCAAUCAAAUAUAGCAGUCGAACAAACUUACUUAAUGAAUAUAGAAGAAGCUAAAAAGUUACAUUUAUCUAUUCGUAUAUUAUGUUACAUUAAUACAAUACCAAAAACACAUAGAACCAAAGCUAUUUAUGUUAAAAAUAGUUGGGCAAAACGUUGUACAAAAUAUCUAUUUAUGAGUAGUGUAUAUGAAAAGGAAUUACCAACAAUUAAGUUAAAUUUAAGUUAUCCAGAAAGUCGUCAACAUUUAUGGAGUAAAAUGCGAGCAAUUCUUCGUUAUGUCUAUCAAUAUCGAAAUGAUUAUGAUUAUUUUUUAAAAGCAGAUGAUGAUACUUUUGUAAUCAUGGAAAAUUUAAGAUCUGUUUUACAUCAGCAUAAUCCAAAAGAUCCAUUUAUGAUUGGUUAUAAUUUUCCUUACCUUACAAAACAUGGUUAUUUCUCUGGAGGUGCAGGUUAUGUCCUCUCACAAGAAGCAUUAAAGCGUAUUGUUGAACAAGCUAUUGACAAGCAUCCAAGUUGUCCGACGUACGAUGAAGACAAAGAAGAUGUGAAAUUAAGUAUGUGUGGUCAACCAGUCGGUGUAAAACUGUAUCAUAUGGUUGAUUUAAAUGGAACCUUUCCAUUCACCUGGCGAAGAGAACAAAGAAACUAUUAUCUUUUCCAAUGGCGUAGUCUCGAAGGUGAAUUUCUUAGCUUAGUUUAUCCAAAGAAACGCGCUAAAAAUUCUAAAUCUCCAGCAACUACAAAAACGGUUGAUCAUCUUCAUGAUCCAAGUGAUUUGCUCAGUGAUCACUUGGUUAGUUUGCAUUAUAUUCAACCAUUCUACAUGUAUUUACUGGAAUUUGUUUUAUAUCACUUGAGACCAAUUCAGGAAAUGGAUUAUUUGAAUGCAUAACUGUCGAGGAAAAAAGAAAAUUAAAACUACGUCGAGAAACCACACUUUAUGUUCAUGAUUUUUAAAUUUACUACUGUCUCGACUUCUAUUAUGCACUGUAUGAAAUAUAAUUAAAAUUAACUUUAUCGUUUAUCAACGAUUUAUUUCAUUUUAAAAUCAUGUUUAUUUUUAAUGUUACCUUUUUGGAAGGACGUAUCAUGUAAUUUGUUUGUUGUGACACUUCAACUGUCUUCGAUGUAAAUAUUGUUUAAUUAACCAGUAAAAGGUAAAUAUUUCAUCAUUUUUUCUUUAAUUUCACGUUUCCAAUAAGUGACUACGUAUGUCAUUUCUCUACUACAUUAUUUAAGCGUCUUAGAUUGUAUAACUAGUUUCACCAAGAACGGGCAAUAAAUUAAUAACUUUCUUCUAUGUCUGCUUUUUACAAUAAAGCUAUGUAAAAGCAUAAUUCUUUAAUUUUACUUAAAUGAAAGAACACUUGGAAGAGAAAACCAUUUUAGUAUCUAAUGCAAAUCACACAGUGUCUUAGUAUAUUAUGAAAAUUUUGCAUUGAAUACAUCAUAUGCACAUCUUUUUCACGUUAUCCUUCACGUAUUCUAUUAUUUCUCUAAUUCUGUUGUUCUAUCGAUCUCACUUCGACUUCAUUCCUGUUUUCUUCAUUUCGAUCUUCGGCUUCCAGAGAUUCCGCUUCAGAUUGGUACUACAUACUACUUGUAUUUAUCAGUAUACACCACACUACUUGUGUAAAUCAAGCGCUUUUUGAUAAUAAAUAUCUAGCCAAAUAUGGAUUGAAAUGUAUUAAUGAAUAAUUCCAGUUUUUGUUCGGAAGAAAUACCAAAGGGCUUGAAACAAAGUAAAGUAACUAAAAUUAUUAGUAUCCGGAAAACGUCUAACAGCACUUGACAUACUUCUCCAUCAAUUGUGGUUAGGAUAAUCAGCAAACAUGAAAAUCAGAUAAUUAACAAAUAAUAAGAUAAUACAUAUUAGCGUUGAUUUUUUAGUUGUAAAUGAUUCAACACCUGACACUAACUACAACGGAAAAUCUUCGCGAGUCAUCCUUACUCUUGUAACUCCAAAACAUAUACCUGUUGAGUUUGAUUGUGUGAAAUUUUGUCUGGUUUUUUAACAGUUGAAAAUGAUUCAGUUCACUGUAUGAUAUGCAUCACUCUUCUUUUCAGAAAAAUAAGAACAGUGGUAUUUUUCCUCUGAGUAUAUUUUAUAGCAUUGACCGUUUAAUUACGCAUCAAGAUUAUUGUUUUUGCUUUAAUUAAAUUUAUUUCAGUUAAAGUAAUCUCCAAGAGAAUCGCUUUUUUCUAGAAAGAUUUAUAAUCUUUACUUUUUGAGUACGGAUACAAAGAAGGCACUGGUAUUUUUUCAUCGCUGAGUAUAUCUUUUAGUAUUGUUUGUAUCCAAAAGUGUUAAGGUUUUUCGUAUCUACUGAAGUCGGAUUUUUUCAUUGUUGUUAGAUGCACUAAUAAACAAACCUCUGUUUUUUGUGUUCAGUGUCUAUCACCUAAUAAGCCAUAAAAUAUACUUAUUCUAGUGACCA